GGGAGGCGGUGGCGGCGGGAGGCCUGCUCUCUCUGUGGCGCUGCUAUUGCUGCGGCGUAGGGCGGUCGCGGUUGUUGUCCCUCGUCGCGCCGAGAAGGGGCCAAGGGAAGAUGAAUGAGGCGGAAGGCCUGCGGCAGCGCCGCCCUCUGCGCCCGCAAGUGGUCACCGAGGACAACACUGCGCAGGAGAGCAAAAGCGGCAGUACUUACAGCAACAAAGUGUUCCGUGUGACUUUUAUGACUCUAGCUGUAUCACUAAUUAUUCCUUUAUUUGGAGCAAUACUUCUUCUGGAUUGUCCAAUUGAGCCUCAGCCUAUUAGCUUCAAAGAACCCCCUGUUCUCACUGGCCCAUUAGAACCAAACUUCAAACUCCGACAAGCAGAAAGGCUAUUUGAAAAUCAACUCGUUGGUCCAGAGUCAAUUGCAAAUAUUGGCGAAAUACUGUUCACUGGUACUGCUGAUGGAAAAAUUCUGAAGAUUGAAAAUGGGGAAAUACACACAUUAGCCCGACUUGGCCAUGGUCCUUGUAGUAGCAGAGAAGAUGAGCCUGCAUGUGGGAGACCUCUUGGAAUCCGUGUAGGACCAAAGAAUACACUUUUUGUGGCAGACGCUUACUAUGGACUCUUUGAAAUUAAUCCUGUCUCAGGUGCAGUGAUACCGCUUGUGUCUUCAAAGACUCCAAUUGAGGGGAAGAACAUGUCUUUUGUGAAUGACCUUACACUGACUCGGGAUGGCAGGAAAAUCUACUUUACUGACUCUAGUAGUAAAUGGCACAGAAAAGACUACUCCUUAUUAAUUAUGGAGGCUUCAGAUGAUGGACGGUUACUUGAAUAUGACACAGUAACCAAGGAAGUGAAAGUCUUGAUGGGAGGACUCAGAUUUGCAAAUGGAGUGCAGCUUUCACCUUCUGAAGACUUUGUGUUGGUGGCUGAAACAACCAUGGCAAGGAUACGAAGAUAUUACGUGUCUGGCCUAAUGAAAGGUGGAGAAGAUAUGUUUGUAGAAAAUAUGCCUGGCUUUCCAGACAACAUACGUUUAAGUAGCUCUGGAGGUUAUUGGGUGGCUAUGUCAGCUAUUCGAGCCAAUCCUGGAUUUUCUAUGAUGGAUUUCUUAUCUGAAAAGCCAUGGAUUAAAAGAAUAAUAUUUAAGCUGCUUAAUCAAGAAACUGUGAUAAAAUUUGUGCCGAAGUAUAGCCUUGUUGUAGAACUAAGUGAUACUGGAUCCUACAGAAGAAGCUUCCACGAUCCAAAUGGAAUGGUGGCAACGUACAUAAGUGAAGCACAUGAGCAUAAUGGACAUCUCUAUUUGGGCUCUUUCCGGUCUCCUUUUAUUUGUAGACUGAAUCUUGAGGAUGUCUAAAUCUCUCAGCCAAAAGCAAUACCACUGUUGUCUUGAAUUACUCUAGAGGGCAAAAGAGGAUUAGUGACAUUUCAGCCAAGGAAGAAGAAUGAAAGCACAGUCAAGUCAUGAGCACUGUAGCACUAUUAUGUAGCAAGGUACUGUCUGACUACUUACAUUAACUGCAUGCAAUGCCAUAAAACCGGUGGACACAAUCCACUAUUUUCAUGUGCAAUUUGCGUUUGAAUUGGUGGGCCUUCUAUGGCCUUUUUAUAUCUCUUUAAGGUAAAUGAAAAAUUGCUUCGUGAAACAUUAUUUACUAACAUCUUUUACAUGCUGCUUCCGCCAUGGAAGGAUAUUGUACAUAUAUCUACUUGUACAAACAAAAAUCCAGUGAUACCUUUAUUGGCCAACCAAAUAGCUACUUGGUCAGCUUUCAGUACUUCAGAUUAUUAUACUGGAAAUUGGUGAAAUCAGGUUGCUUGUCUUAACUAUGUUGCAUGCAUUUAUUUCCAGCUUGGGUCUUUCUAGGCAUGUUUUUAAAGCAUGCAUGUUGUAACAUCUAUGCAUUUAUAGAUGUAUUAAUAAAUUGAACUCAGUUACAAUUCCA